GCUCGCGCUGCCCACUGGCCCGAGGGCUCUUCACUCCUGCUGGGAGGCGGGCCGUCCGCGGGCGGAAACCCAGAGACGCAGGAGGUGGCGGAUGGAGGCGGUGGCAGAGCCUGGGAACCUGGCCGGCGUCCGGCACAUCAUCCUUGUGCUCUCGGGAAAGGGUGGUGUAGGGAAGAGCACCAUCUCCACUGAGCUGGCCCUGGCCCUGCGCCAUGCAGGCAAGAAGGUGGGCAUCCUAGAUGUGGAUCUGUGUGGGCCCAGCGUGCCACGCAUGCUGCAGGCGCAGGGCUGCGCUGUGCACCAGUGUGACAACGGCUGGGUGCCAGUGUUUGUGGACCAGGAACAGAGCAUUGCUCUCAUGUCCGUGGGCUUCCUGCUGGAGACACCCGAUGAGGCCGUGGUGUGGAGGGGCCCCAAGAAAAAUGCACUGAUAAGGCAGUUUGUGUCGGACGUGGUGUGGGGGGAGUUGGACUUCCUGGUGGUGGACACGCCCCCAGGUACCUCUGAUGAGCACAUCUCGGCUGUGGAGGCCCUGCGUCCGUACCAGCCCUUGGGCGCAGUUCUGGUUACCACACCCCAGGCGGUGUCUGUGGGGGAUGUGCGGCGGGAGCUGACCUUCUGCAGGAAGACAGGGCUGCCAGUGAUCGGCAUUGUGGAAAACAUGAGCGGUUUCGUCUGCCCGCACUGCGCGGUGAGGCGCCCGGCCGUCAGGUGGGCAGGGUGCAGGGGCACAAGGGGCCUGCACUCAUGGCCCCAUCCCUCUGUCCAGGAGUGUACUAAUCUCUUCUCCGUGGGAGGCGGGGAGGAGCUGGCCAGGCACGCUGGGGUUCCCUUUCUAGGUGAGUGCCAGGUGGGGGGUAGUGGGGUCCCUGUCAACUGUGGGAGCAUGCCUGCUGGGACCCCAAGAUGCAGGGGGCAGGACAGGCACUCCCUGCCCAGGCUAAACCGCAGGGCUGCCCUUUGGAUGAACACUGAGGCAGGUGUCCACGCGCUGGGCAGUACUGAGCCAGCCCAUGGGAGGUACAGCAUCCGGGUGGAAGUGAGCCCCCGCAGAGUGCCAGCCUGGGGCAUCUGCUCUCUCAAGGAGGCACUGGCUUCCAGGGUGGGGGUGCAUGGCGGUGACCCGAGCCUCCCCAGGCCCUGCCCUCCCUUCCCCCGUCUCCUCAUCUUCACAGGCUCCGUGCCUCUGGACCCCCAGCUUGUGAGGAGCCUGGAAGAGGGCCGGGACUUCAUCCAGGAGUUCCCCAAGAGUGCUGCCUUCCCUGCACUUGCCUCCAUUGCCCAGAAGAUCCUGGAUGGGGCACAGGUGCAGGCGCAGACAGGCACUGACUGAGGUGCCCUGCCAGCUCUCCUGUCUCCUGGGCUUUCCCAUGCUGCUGUGGAGCUCGUGCACGAGGGCCAGAACAGGGGGCCUGGAGGGGUGCAGGACCUACAUAAGCUGGUCCAGCAGCAUCUGUGCCUCCCACCCCCACCAGACUGCGUUCAGAGACCUUUCCAGUGUUUGAGCAGUGUGGGCGGGGUCCUGGUAGCCUUGAGAGAUGGCACCACAUCCAAGUUGCAUGGGGAGAUGCCAUGUUCCCAAAGGGACCAGCUUCUGACACCUGUGCCCCACAUGGCGUGGAGCUGCUCUGUUGUCCUUGCUGACCCUGGGCCUGCCACGUUGGGGGGUGGCUGCCAGGCCUGGAGACACCCUGCACUGCACCAUUAAACAGACACCUACGUAUGUGACGUC